AUGGCUAAGGCUGCGAACACGUCACUUUUGCCUGUACCUCUCAGGUCGAAAAGAAGCAUAUCUGCGACGGCCGUUAGUGAAUUCCAAGCUACCAAGUGGAACACAGAGGACCUCUGUCCACAAUGUCGAGCCAUCGAUCUCAGAACCAUCAGGACGGGAAGUGUACGCAUCGAACAAGGCUCAACGUGUCCACUCUGCCUAUUCUUCGCCUCCAUCGCGCUAGCUCGAGAUGUCAAAGCGGUUGCGGAUACUGCUGUUAAAUUAAGAUUUGUUUUGGAUCCUUUCUAUCCAAGAGGGAAAAUAUCGAGACAAUAUCCUGCUUGUAUUAGUGUAUCCGGUCUAAGAUUUAUUCAUCCACUUAAUGAUGAUGAUGGUAUUUUUGGCCAGCUAGUCAGAUUUCGGCCCCUAGAAAAGAAUUAUAUCAAUACCGAUUUGCUGAAGGAGUGGAUCACAUUCUGCGAGGAUCAUCACUCGUUCUGCUCUUCACCAUCAACGGAAAAUUUGAGGUGGCACCCAGAGAAUUCAAAUGUCAAAGUCAUCGACUGUACUACUAGGAAGAUAAUUCCAGCGCCCCCUGAUCUUCGCUAUGUAGCCCUCAGUUAUGUAUGGGGGGGACCACCGACACAAGAAAACCCGAUAAUCGAAUCCUGCGAAGACUCGUUAGACUUACUGCCUGAACCUCUGCCAAACACGAUAGAGGAUGCUAUCAAGGUCACAACACAAUUGGGGUUUCGCUACUUAUGGGUAGACAAGUACUGUAUCAACCAAUCUGUGGUUCGUGAGCUUCAACAUCAGCUGUCAAUUAUGGAUAAGAUCUACAAUUGGGCUUCUCUCACAAUAGUUGCUGCAGCCGGCGAUAACUCAUCUUUUGGACUUCCUGGCGUUGGGAGUCGGCCCCGAAUCACGCAUUCGGUCAACAUCAAUGGCACGACCUGGGUUUCAGGCUCAUUGAAUUUCAAGGACGCUGUCCAGGAAUCACCUUGGUCAAAGAGAGGUUGGACAUACCAGGAGGCGUAUUUCUCGCGCCGAAGUCUGAUGUUCACCGAGGAACAAGUGGUUUUUGAGUGCGGCGGUGGUAGCUGCUGCGAGUUUCUGGAUAUCGACCUGAGAAAUAUGUCCUCUUACCAUCACGGCUUGAUUCAUGGCGGCAUGAGUCACAAAGUCCCUAGGAUGAACCUCAGUGAACACCUUAUUGCUUACACGGGACGCGAGUUGACCAACAGCUCCGAUGCCUUGAAUGCUAUGCGAGGACUGCUCAGGUCAUUUGCUAGCAGCACUAAACCAGUGUAUCAGUACUGGGGAAUACCAAUCAAUCCCGAAGCCUUCAGUGUGGAAAGGGAGGUUCCGUAUUGCAAAAACCAAACAUAUCUCGCGUUGGGUCACGGGCUCGCGUGGUACACCUACACAAAUCAAGCCACGACGCGAGGCUCAGAAUUUCCGAGCUGGUCUUGGGCUGGCUGGAACAGCCCUGUGGCUUGGUCCGUGGACUUGAGCGACGACGACGACAACGCACCAAGCUGUUUUUAUGUGGAGAAAAAUAACGGCACGACCGAAGUCCUAACAGAAGAACUCAUAGCGAGCAUUUCGCUGGAACAAGAAUACGAGAUGUCAGGAUAUACAAAGUUUUUGCGCAUCGAAGCGUUGGUUCUCGAGGUCAAGUUCAGCUACUUCCGGGAGGGUACGUCCAAAGUAUUCUCGUAUAUGAACUAUGCGAUAACAAGUACGAUGUCCUCACGUACCGAACCACAGCCUGAGCAUGAUACAAAGUAUUGGGAACUAUUCCUCACGCCCAAGGUUGAUGAACAGGACGAGCUUUACAUCGCACUGCGCGAUCACCGUGUCUUUUCUUGUAUAAUUCUCAACAGCAAAUACGGGUUAGUUGUUUGGAUGCAAAACGGUGUAUACGAGAGAGUUGGCCUCUUAAAAAUGGCCCCACAUCGGCAGACGUCAAGUGCCUACCCCCAACCCGGCACUUUGGAUGAUCUCAAGCAUCAUUUCCCGAGCACCAGGCGCGAGAUCAGGAUCGGUUGA